GAACUGAUGCUAUUCGUUAUGAAGAUUGCGUGAGAACGAAGAAUUUGAGACAAGUAGCAGUAUUUCCGAAAGGGUAUUCUGUAGCAUAAAGCGUGAGACUGGAUCUGGAGAGGAGAAAUCACCUGCGAAUAAGAAAUGAAAGACUCUGGGUUGGAUGAGCAGGCCGAAGAAUGUGCUCACUGGCAUCCCUUUAUCACCUUCAGACCCCUUACGAGACAAAAUCUGCUUCACUUUUAUCUGCCCCUCGGUGGGUCCCUGGCCUACAGCCUACUCAGCGUCCACAUCGUUAAGCCCAGCUUAUUCAAGAGGAUUUCUCCUGCAGACCCUACAAACGUACUCUUAACCGGUAGCCUUGCUGGGGCUUGUCUUUACAUUUACGACAGAAAACAUCUCAAGAGCUUAGGGAAACAAAAGGUUGGAUUUAGUGUUUUCGCCGCUGGAAUGUUUAAUUUGGGCUCUUUACUAAUUUGGGCAAUGAUUCGUGCAGCCACGACCAAUAAGGAUACAACAGUACAAGUUGCUAGAGUUGGCUUAGCACUUGGAUCUUCGAUCUUAUUAGCAAAAACGGGAAUUAGCUACCUGCAAGCAAUUGAUGACCAAACUAGAGAGUCCAGCCCACCUAAAUAAAUUAGUUAGCUUCAAGAACAAAAAUAACAAAAAAAUUACGUGAUUUUAGUUCUAUAUGUAAUAUAUGAGAUGUAAAAUUAUAAUGUGGACCCAUUUCCUUUAGACAAUGUACAUAGUCUUCAAGUAUCAUGCUCUUCUCGAAUGUACAUACAUAUAUACAAAUAACAAAUUUUAAUAGUUUAAAGCACGUCAUAUUAGUCAGUUGGUGAUGUUUAGCUCAAUUUGCAUUUAGUUUAUUUUUAAUUCUUACAUCGCGAACUGUGAAAUAAAAUGUUGCUGCCACUGUA